AUGACCAAGGCUCUUCUUGCAUUUGUCUGGAUUGCAGGCCCUUUGUCAGGUGCUCUUGUUCAGCCCUAUGUCGGCAUUCGCAGUGACAAUUGUCGCAUCUCUUGGGGCAAGAGGAAGCCUUUCAUGAUUGCUGGUGGGCUUGCAACCAUCAUUUCUCUUCUGCUCCUUGCCUGGAUCCGAGAGAUCGUGGGCGGAUUCUUGGGACUCUUUGGUGUUGCAAGGAAUUCUCCGGGAGCCACGGGCACGAUUAUAUUCUUUGCGACCAUCUCAAUGUACGUUCUCGACUUCUCCAUCAACACAGUCCAAGCCGGCAUCAGAGCGUUCAUCGUUGACAACGCGCCGGCCCACCAACAGGAAUCUGCCAAUGCUUGGGCCUCAAGGAUUGUUGGCAUAGGCAACGUGCUGGGAUAUGUCUUCGGUUACAUCAACCUGCCUCGCUAUUUUCCUUUCUUUGGACACACUCAGUUCAAGGUCCUAUGUGUGAUCGCUAGUAUAUCCCUUGGGUCGACUCUGUUGAUUAGUUGUCUUGCCAUCAAGGAGCGAGAUCCAAGACUUGAAGGGCCACCAGAAAACGAUAAUCCAGGCGUCUUAGCUUUCUUCAAGCAAGUCUUCAACAGCGUGAAGAGGUUGCCACCGCAGAUCCGCAAAGUCUGCGAAGUGCAAUUCUUCAGCUGGAUUGGCUGGUUUCCCUUCCUUUUCUACAUCACCACCUACAUCGGACAAAUCUACGUCAACCCAUUCUUGCUGCCAGACCUGUCAGAAGACGAUAUUGACAGACUCUGGGAGAAGGCGACGCGAGUUGGGACACUUGCGCUCCUCAUUUACGCUAUCGUCUCACUACUUGCAAAUGUCAUCCUGCCGUUCCUGGUCGAGCCAACCUAUGUUGCCAAACAGCCGGUUGAUAAAGCCGAGAGCAUAAGAGAACCCAUAUCACCAACUCUUUCUCAUCGCUCAAGAACAUCAUCCCUGGGUGCUAUUCCCUUCUCAGCAUCAACGACGAACCUAGGCUCCUAUCCUCCAUCCAGUCCAGAUGAUACUCAACUCUCAACGUCUCGCACCUUCAUCUCGCGCUACCUCUCCAAACUUCGAAUACCUCAUCUCACCCUCCGCCGAACCUGGAUCCUCUCCCAACUCUUCUUCGCCAUAUGCAUGUUCGCAUCCUUCUUCAUUUCCAGCCCCCUUGCCGCAAUAAUCAUGACAGCCUUCGUCGGCAUCUCAUGGUCCGUCACCCUAUGGGUCCCCUUCGCGCUCAUCUCAGCCGAGGUAGCGCAGCAGGAAGAAUCGCGACGCGAGAAGCUGCGUCAGACUCGCCGAAGAAUCGGACGCCAAGCGCGACAGGAGAGAAGUAUGCGAAGGACUGACAUGGCAGACGGCCAAAGCACACCUUCGCUUAACGAAACAAUAAAUACCGAUACCGACGACGACGACGUCGAUGAUACCAACGGCAGCGCCUCUAAAUCCAACCACGCCUUCCUCCAUCCCGAAGAAGCAGACCUCGACUCUCUCCCCACAGAAGAUAUCCUCUCGGAGGCAGAAGAGGGAGAACAACACCAAGACCAAGCCGGCAUGAUCCUUGGUCUUCAUAAUGUCGCCAUCAGCACACCGCAGAUCUUGGCGACGCUCAUCAGUAGCGUCGUGUUCCGCGUGCUGCAGAAGGAGAGGAGUGUGCCCGGUGACACAAGCGUGGGGUGGGUGUUGAGGAUUGGUGGGGUGGCGGCAUUGAUUGCAGCUUGGUGGGCUCGGGGGUUGGGUGAGGGAGGUAGUUAA